AUGGCGACGGUACAGCAACUUUUCAGCCUGGAAGGGCAGACAGCUUUGGUGACGGGGGGAACGCGAGGCAUUGGGCAAGCAAUGGCGAUAGCAUUGGCAGAAGCAGGAGCAAACGUCUUGCUGGUACAGCGAAAUGACUCAAAUCAAGAAACCAAGCAAGCAAUCGAGAAGCUGGGACGAAAAGCCCACAUAUACACCGCAGACCUCGCCUCGAACGACUCGAUGAAAGCACUCUUGCCCAAAGUCCUGAGCGAUGGCCACAAGGUGCACAUUCUCCUCAACUGCGGUGGUAUCCAAAAACGGCAUCCUGCACACGAAUUCCCGGACGACGACUGGAACGAGGUGUUGCAGGUCAACCUGAACGCUGUGUUUACUCUCUGCCGAGAUGUUGGCGCGCACAUGCUCUCUCGAGAUGCGGAUAAAUACGGACGAAGAGGCAGCAUCAUCAACAUUGGAAGUCUAUUGACAUUCCAAGGAGGGAUCAACGUGCCGGCGUACGCGGCUUCCAAGGGAGGUGUUGGCCAGCUGACCAAGGCGCUGUCGAAUCAAUGGGCGGACAAGGGCAUCACGGUGAAUGCCAUUGCUCCAGGCUAUAUCGCGACCGAUAUGAACGAGGCGUUGUUGGCGGACGAGAAGAGGGCGGCAUCGAUCCUGGAGCGCAUUCCAGCGGGGCGAUGGGGCUCGGCGGAGGACUUCAAGGGCAGCGUGGUAUAUCUGGCGAGUCGGGCGAGUGGCUAUGUUACUGGUGAGAUUCUCACGGUCGAUGGAGGAUGGAUGGCCAGGUAG